AAGGCUCACGAGUCGCGAGCGACACGACAGCGAGGAGCGAAGAGGGAACCGCGAGGAGACGGAGGCGGAGGAGAGAGAAACCCCUAGUCUCUGGCCGCCUCGCCCCGCCCCGCCCCCUCGCCGCCUCCGCUCCGCGCGCCGCCCGAGCAAGAAGAGCCCCGGGGUUCGCGCCGCGGACGGCGGCGCCGGUGCCUGCGGAAGGCCUCGAGAUCUCUCAUCGGCGGCGCCGGCUGGUGUGGCGGCGGCGGUGCUCGGUGAGUUCGCUCGAUACCCUCGCCGCGGAAGCGUCCAAUCGAGCUGCUUAGCCCCUCGAUUCGAGGGUUUUGCCGGUCGCCUCCUGCUCCCGGCGACCGCGGAAUAAGCUAGCCUCUCGCUUGGGGGGGGGGGGGGUUAGGGUUAGGUUUUGCGGAAUUGUGGUGGAAUUUUGCGGCCGAGGCGGCGCAUUGCGGUCGUGAGGAGGCGGCGCUGCGCGUCUCCGCUCCAGCAAUGAUGGGGAAGACGCACAGGUUCUCGAAGGGGCACCCGCUCGGCUUCGUGCCGGAUUAUCGGCAUGGGGUGGAGACAGCGGGGGAGUCAAAGAGGCUUGGGAGCCCGGCCCGGAUUGACUCAGGGAGCUCCUGCGCACCCACGAAAAGGAAAUGCGUCAGCAUGAAUACGGAGGAGGGGGAAGGGGCUCCGGGCUUCAAUGUGCCCCGGGAGGUCUUCUCGCUGCCGAGGAUGACGGCCAUGGAUAAGAAAGAUCUGGAGAUGAGGCUCCGUGAGGAGCUUGCACAGGUGAGGGCCCUCCAGAAUAGGCUGUUUUCAAGAGGGGCUGCGGUGAGCAUGAAUGGUGGGGUGGCGUCAGCACCCGGAGGUGAUGUGCACCCUAAGAAAAAGGUUGAGAAGCUCAAGUGGAGCAAUUCGGUGCAGUCGGACAGGAGAGUGCCACCAUCAUUGGCUCCACCUGUGGUCAGCUCUACUGACUACACAGCAUCGUUUAAACAAUGUGCCAACCUUCUGAAGUUCCUUAUGACCCAUAAGUGGUCAGGCCCGUUUCUUGCCCCAGUUGAUGUUGUGAAGUUAAAACUUCCUGAUUAUUUUGAUAUAGUCAAGGAGCCCAUGGAUUUGGGUACGAUCCAGAAAAGGUUGAAUGCAGGCAUGUACUCUACACCUUGGGAUUUUGCUGCAGAUGUGAGGCUUACUUUCAGCAAUGCUAUGGCUUAUAACCCGGCCAAUAAUUAUGUCCAUGUAAUGGCUACAUCUUUGAACAAAAACUUUGAAUCUCGAUGGAAGUUUAUUGAAAAGAAGCUUCCUCAAUCAGACGAGAAGCCUCCUGUGAGGGAGAAGCUUCCUCAACCUGACGAGAAGCCUCCUGUGAGGUUUAUCGAAAAGAAACCCACAAAAAAGAAUGCAACUAAGAGAGAUGCCAUUGAGAAAGAACACCCCACUGAGAAAAAGCCCUCAAGGAAAAGUGCAUCUAAGAAAGACAUCUUUCAGAAAGAAGAUGUGGUGGACAAUCCAGUUUUGCAACCAAAGAAGAGGAAAACUUCUCCUUUGGUACAAGAUACUCCAGUGGCAGAGGCUGUUGUUCCAAUUGGAAAGGGAACAAUGACAAAUGAGCAAAAAUAUGAUUUAAGUGCAAGACUACAAUCAUAUGGUGCAUUGAUUCCAGAUCAUGUAGUUGAGUUCAUAAGAAGUCAUGCUCAUGAUUGUGAUGCCAAUGAAGAUGAGUUAGAGCUUGAUAUGGAUGUUCUCAGUGAUGAUAUACUAUUUGAAAUACAGAAGCUUCUUGACGACUAUGAUAAGGUCAAUCAGUCAAGAAACCUUGCAAAAGAGGACACCGAUGAGGUUGAGUCUCGAAGUCAGUAUGAGCUCAUCAAUCCAUCGGUGCAUCAUGAAGAAGGCAAUGAGCUCGUUGAUGAAGACGUUGAUAUUGGGGAGAAUGACCUUCCAGUUUCAAAUCUUCCUCCUGUGGUAUUUGAAGAUGAAACAGCAGACAGAAGCAGCAAGCAUAGUACAUCUAGCAGUUCUAGUGACUCAGAAUCAUCCUCAACUGAUUCAGAUUCAAGUAGCUCUUCUGGAAGUGAUUUGGAUGUCAAAGCUCUUCAGCAAAAUAGUGGGGUCAAGGAAAAAUUUCUACCUGUGGAUCACUUGGAUCAGGAAAAGGAUUCAUUGAACACGCUAAGUCUACCAGAGCAAAGUACAGAUCCUAUAUCUGUUUCUGCUGAUGGUGAGGGGGAAAAUGUGUCUGAGAAGCAGGUCUCCCCUGGAAAGCAAAUCCGAGCUGCCCUUCUGAGAAGCCGCUUUGCCGAUACAAUUCUUAAGGCUCGUGAAAAGGCCCUUGACCAGGUUACAAAAAAGGAUCCUGAGAAGCUUCGACGCAAGAGGGAGGAGCUUGAGAGGUUACAAAGAGAAGAGAGAGCCCGGUUGCAAGCUGAGGCUAAAGCUGCAGAUGAUGCACGCAAGAGGGCUGAAGCAGCAGCAGCUGCUGAGGCUGCUGCAGAAGCUAAGCGGCAAAGAGAACUUGAGAGAGAAGCAGCUCGUAAAGCCUUGCAAGAGAUGGAGAGAACUGUAGAAAUCAAUGAAGGGAGCCUCUUUUUGAAAGAUCUUGAAAUGCUUGGAAGUGCCUCAGGUGAACAGAUACCUAGCUCGGUUGGUGGAAGAAGUCCAACUCAUAUGCCUGAGGCUCUUGGGUUUCAAUUGGGAGGCAACCCCCUAGAAAAGCUUGGAUUAUAUAUGAAAAAUGAUGAAGAGGAUGAGGAAGGUGAUUUCACAGAUGAGCCAGUGGUUGAUGUGGAAGAGGGCGAAAUAGAUUAACUGCUUCUGGACCAUUCCAUUUUUGAUACUUUACAGGAGCCCUGUUGGCAUGACUGAUCUGCAUAGCUGUUUUUUUGAUAUCAUCGGUAUACAAAGUGACCUGAUGAAAGAUCGUGUCACAUCAACCCUGAUGGUUGCUGUCCUGUACACACUUUUAUGAACUGCCAAGUUUUGGAGCCAAGUGAUUGGUUGGUGAUCGAUGUAGCGAGCCUGGAAUGUAUGGGAAAUCCGCCGUGGUGCCUUUGAGGAGUUGUAUGGAGCGUGCUUCUCUUAGAAUGAGUUUAUGGUCAGCCAUGGAGUAAUGACCAUCUCUGUACUUUCCAUAUCCUCAAAUGGUUAUUUAGAUUUGGAUGGUGAUGUUUAUUCGAUAAAAAGAGGGCAAAAUGAGAGAGGACGGGAAAAAGAAAAGAGAAGGAGAGGGGGGGGGGGGCAUAAGGAGGAUUGUUUCUUGGCUCUUGAACACCUUAUGUGUGAGCCAUUUUUGAGGGAUAGUUUUUAGAGGCAUUUUCCUGUUGUGAAUGUAAUAUCGGAAACUGUACAAAAAGGUAGCCUGAUAGAUGGAAAACAAAGUCUUUUAAUUUAUGCAGCGCCUGUUCUUGAUAA